AUGAACGUCGCUAACUCCACCCACGGGCUUCAUAUACCCCAAAGCGACCCCAUAUCCGACGGUGGCAAGGGGACUUUGAUUGGAACCGAGACCCCUCCUGCUUUAUCAUUCCCUUCGUCAACCUCCGACCAUGCAUCUCCUCCCGAGAGCGACUACGAGUCCGAUUCCUCUGAGGGCGGUGAGUUGGAGAUCCAGCCUGGGGUAUCGUGUGACGAUAGACCCUCUUUCGAGGCACCCCGCCAGGCACGCAGAAAGAAUCUCCUUGAGAAGUUCGCCCCGCGAGAACAACUUCGACGCUCCGACCUCUACGAUGGCACUCACGAACCUCCUCUAUGGCGAUUUGGUUUCGCCUUCAAACAUGAGGCUGCCCUUCAGUACGCUACAGAUCACCAGCUCAAGGUCUCGCUGGGACAGGAAGGACCCACAUUUGAGGAGGCCCUUGCUGGCUCAGGAGGCAAACCAUCGGCGUCGUUGACAGUGCUUGCCUUCCAUGCCAUGAAAAACCACCUCAGUAAGAAGUGCGGCUUCUUCUUGCAGUUUGCCCAGAUAUUCUCGCGUGAGCACGGUUAUAUCAUCUCUCUGUGGACCAACUACGACUACGACGAACGGUCGCGGUUCUGCCUCGACUACGACUUCGUGCUCGACACUCUCGAAGAAGCGUUUAGACCGUAUUCUGGAGCGGUCGCUGAAGCGAAGUGGUACCUCGACAUGGAGGACGACUGUCUGGCAACCAUGUAG